AUGCCUCAUCAUGCUCUGCGCCCAAAGCGCAUCAAUUUUGAAGAGCAUUGGCAGCAGCUGGAGCCCACUGUUGUCAAGCUCAUCAACUUGGUGCCUGUGCCCAAACGCUCUUGUUUUAGGGACGUCUAUGAAAUCUGUGUCGCCAUCCCGUUUUCCUUCAGUAGGCAGUUGUACGAAGCUGUUCAGCGUUGUGUGACUACCGAAGUCGAACGCCAAUACGAGAAAAUCAAUAAGGUCGCGGAUCCGUUAUUGCUUGAGGCUUACCACAAGGCCUGGAUAGUUUUCAUCGACGGGAUUCGCUAUUUGAACAUGCUUUUUCGGUACUUAAACAACCAGUUCAUGAAGGAGCGUAAGCAAGGUACCGGCGCCGAAAGUGUCUACCGCCGUAUGGCGGUGCAGGACCAGUAUCUUGCUAUCGGAAAUCUGGGGCUAGUUGUCUGGAAGAAAACGCUGUUGCUUCCGAUCAAGGAUCGUCUGCUGAAUUUGCUGCUUCAGGCGAUUUCUGACGAUCGUAAUGGCAAUACUACUUUGAACAAGACUAUCAUUUCCAGCGUGAUUUGUUCAUUCGAUCAGGUCAGCCGCGGCGAUUUUGGAAACGGUCCUUCGGUUUUCCCGAAUGUGCUACAAGAUCCGCCUUUUUAUCUGACAGUCUUCGAGGAGCCGUUUCUGGAGCUGACGCGUGCCCAUUAUGAUGAAGUUGCUCAAGAGCUCUGCUCCCGAUAUAGCCCAUCGAAGUAUAUGGAAAAGAUCAUCCAAAUUAUGCAGGAUGAAAGGGUUCGCAUCAACUAUUAUCUCAACGAAGAAUCUGUGGAAAAGGUGAUGUCUUUAUGCCAAGAGGUGCUGAUCAAUAAACACAAACCUUGGCUGGAGUCGGCUUGCCAUGAAAUGAUUGAUACCGAAAACGAAACUGAUCUUCGAAACAUGUACAUCUUACUGAAGCCGAUUUCGGCUGGAAUCCAAGUGAUGACGAAAGAGUUCGAGAAUCAUGUCAAGGCGAAAGGCUUAGCUGCCCUCUCCAAAUUGAAUGGGGACAAUGUUCCUGCUCAGUUCGUCAGCCACGUUAUUCAGGUGUAUACAAAAUACGGCGAAAUGAAGAAACUCUUUUCGAGCGAUGGAGAAUUCACCAGCGCCUUUGACAAGGCCUUGCAAUCAAUCGUGAACUCGAGGGAAGAUCCUCGUCUCCCCUCCAAGGCUCCUGAACGGCUGGCCCGCUUCACCGACAACCUGCUGCGAAAAACUGGCAAAGGGCUGAGCGAAUAUGAUAUCGAAAAGAAACUCGAUGAGGCCAUAAUUUUGUUCCGCUACCUUGAGGACAAGGAUAUGUUCCAAAAGUUUUACUCAAAAAUGCUAGCUAACCGGCUGAUCAUGUCGACCUCAAUUGCGAUGGAUUCGGAAGAGCUAAUGAUUAACAAAUUGAAGCAAGCUUGUGGCUACGAAUUCACCUCUAAGCUUUCUCGGAUGUUCACCGAUAUUGGAUUGAGCAAGGAGAUGGCCGCGAAAUUCGAUGCGCACGUUGCCGAGAAAUUUCCGGGUCAGGAAGCCUGGCCGUUCCAACCGAUGGUGCUCGGAGCUGCGGCUUGGCCGCUAUCUCUGCCUCAGCCUAUUGAUGAGAAGGAUACCAGCAAGGAGGAGCGCAAGUUUACCCUGCCUCGUACUUUCACGCCCAUGAUGAACGAAUUUGAACAAUUUUACCUUGGCUCGCAUAAUGGUCGAAAGCUGUCGUGGCUUUAUAAUCUUUCUCAUGCCGAUAUUCGUCUCAACUACCUCGACAAAGCCUACGUGGUCUCCAUGAGCGCCCAUCAGGCUGCGAUUCUAUUCACUUUGAUGGAGCGUGAUUCGAUCCCGACCUCCCAAUGUUCGAGUCUGACGGGGUUGAAAGAUGAUUUGUUCGACAAAAAUCUGUUGUGUAUUCAAGAAUCUGGAAUCGCCCUCAUUGAGCAGCCUGGUGCCGUGCUCUCGCUCAACUUUACCUUUACCUCAAAGCGCAUCAAGUUCAAAUUGACGUCGCCACAUUUCACCAAGCCCGCCGAGAAGGUGGAGACCGAUAGUUUUUCCGCGACGGUGGCUCAAGAUCGGAAAUAUUAUAUGGAAUGUACCAUCGUGCGCAUCAUGAAGACCAGAAAGGUCAUGAAGCAUAAUGCACUCGUGCAGGAGGUGAUUAACCAGACGAGGGCGCGUUUCCCCCCAAGCAUUCAAUUCAUCAAGAAGAGCAUCGAGGAUCUCAUCGAAAAAUUGUACAUACAGCGCACGGAACAGUCGGACGAGUACCAGUAUUUGGCU